UUGGUUUUCAUCCAUUAUGGGCACAUCAGCUAUGGAAUGCGAGUAAAUGCGUUGCGUGGUAUUUAGAUGAACAUAAAGAUCUUAUUUCGAAUAAAAAUGUUUUAGAGCUUGGAGCCGGUGGUGCGCUGCCUUCACUUAUUUCUUUUUUGAAUGGCGCGAAAAAGGUGGUCAUAACAGAUUAUCCUGAUGAAAAAUUGAUAGAAAACAUAGAAUAUAAUGUGAUGUUAAAUCUAUCCUCAAAAGAUGGCUGUGAUAUUGAUAAUAUUAAAGUUUUGGGAUACAUUUGGGGUAAAAAUACAGGCCCGCUACUAGACAUAAUUUCUUCACAACAAAAUUCGCAAUCUAUGACUAAAAGAUCAUAUUAUGACCUAAUUAUUCUAUCCGACUUAAUAUUUAAUCACAUUUUUAAUAUAACUCAAGGAUGUAAG